AUGGACGGUCAGAAGCUUACUAGGAACCACUCAUCUCUACUCCGGCCAUCCCACACCGUCCGAUCAUCUAUCCACAGCUUAUCUUCCAUGAACAAGAUCACGCUUGAUGAAGAAAUAGAGGACCUUGAAGAGCAAAAACCCCACAGCAAGCCCGGCUCGACGCCGGUUCGGUCCGGUUCAGUGCGUCUGACUCUGGUUCUCGUCAUCCUAUUCCUCUAUUUAUACACCCUUUUCUCCUUCUUCAACAAAGACGACAUAGCCACCUCCGAAAAUCUGCUUUUAGGGCUUAUUUUUAUCGCUGUUUUACUUUUUUUCGCCUCGAAAAAUAAGUCAGUAAUCCACAGUAGCUUUAGUUUUUGUAAGGAAUUGUGUUAUGAGUAUGGAAAAAAAGUUGGGUUCCCCUGUUUCACCUCCAACAACAAUGAAAAAUCAGUGAAAUGGUUCAUUGGUGAAUCAAACUUAGAUUACAAGGAGAGUGCUAAGAAAAUUAUUAGAGAAGGUGUGGAGUUUUACAGCAAUGGGGAUUACUAUGAAGGUGAGUUUCAUCAAGGUAAAUGCAAUGGGAGUGGAGUGUACUAUUACUUCGCGAAUGGGCGAUACGAGGGAGACUGGAUUGAUGGGAAGUAUGAUGGGUAUGGAGUCGAGAGUUGGGCGAGGGGGAGUCGAUAUCGGGGGCAGUAUAGGCAGGGAUUGAGGCAAGGCUAUGGAGUUUAUAAGUUUUACACUGGGGAUACAUAUGCUGGGGAGUGGUGUAAUGGACAGAGCCAUGGGAUUGGAAUGCAAUCUUGUGCUGAUGGCAGCUGUUACAUUGGAGAGUUUAAAUGUGGUGUUAAACAUGGCCUUGGUUGUUACCAUUUUAGAAAUGGAGACAGAUAUGCUGGUGAAUAUUUUGGUGAUAAAGUCCAUGGUUUUGGCGUAUAUCACUUUUCGAACUGUCAUUGUUACGAGGGAUCGUGGCACGAAGGACGAAAACAAGGUUAUGGCUUGUAUACUUUCCGAAAUGGUGAGACGAGAUGUGGCGAAUGGGAUGGUGGAAAUCUUAAGGCGCACCUUCCCCUGCUAAACGAUGCAGUUCUCCGAGCUGUUCAGGCUGCUAGAAAAACUGCAGAAAAUGCAAUAAAACUGCGCAUGGUGGAUGAACAAGUGAACAAGGCUGUUGUGGCUGCAAACAGAGCUGCCACUGCCGCCAGAGUUGCUGCGGUGAAAGCUGUUCAGAACAGGAUCGAUGGAAAAGUCUGCAAUACUGAUUAUUAA